UCCAGCCUCGCCCUCCUUUCUGUUGGCCCAGAAUCGCUGUCAAUCACCUGGGCAGCGUGAGCUGGAACGUGGAUAUUGGUCAUGUAAAUCGCUGAUCCAGGGGUUCAAUGUGCUGCCUCUACGUUACUUGGAGCUGCAAAUUGAGAAAUGUUUUGUUCCAAAAAUAGUAUAAUUAUGCACUAUUGUACGAAAUCGUUAAAAGGAAAUAAUUAUCCGUUAGUUUAUUUGUAUUUCAGCCCAGCGAGGAGGGUAUGUGUGUCGGCAUUGGGGUGCGGGCAAAGACCAAACAAGGAUUUGCAUCGUCUGUUCUGAAUUUCCUGGUCUCGUAGAAAUUGAUUUGUGUAAAUUGCCUUCAUGGGUUCAGGGAAGAUUUACAGACAGGAAAAGUCGCAUCCAGAUUUGACAGCAAUACCAUUUAUCAGGGCUGGGAUAACAUUUGCCUUUGCAUGUGGAAGGAGAAAUGUUUGCCUGUGGGAUAAGAUUUAAAACAUUAAUGUGCUUGGAAAGGCAACAAGAUAUGCACAUCCGAGUGAGAGUAUUCCAUAAGAGCAGAAGAAAUAGGAAUACGAGAAGGCCAUUCAACCCCUCAAGGAACGUUUUCUUUAAACUGGGUGCGACCAGGGUUCACGCGUACUGACGGCCGUACCAAUUACAGCUAACACAUUCACUUCUGGUUUCUCCGGUAGCUGCUGCACAUGCACGUGAGAGGACCAUACGGUGGCUGGAGAAAUUAAGAGUGAAUUCAGCUCCCAAGUCUGUUGUCUUUCGAUUUAAAAAAAAAACAAAAGAACUGCGGAUGCUGUAAUUCAGGAACAAAAACAGAAGUUCGUGGAACAACUGAGCAGGUCUAGCACCAUCUUUGAAGAAAGGGAUUCACUCGGUCAGUCAGUCUGCAGAUAUACCAGUGAGAUGCCAUUCAUUACUGUGGGAAGACAUUCAAUUCAGUCAUCUCAAGCACUGAUAGACCAGUGAGAUUACGUCUGGGAGAGGCUGUUCCCUCAAUCCUCUGAUGUGCUAAAACACCAGUGAACAUACUAAGGAGGGAUCACCAGUUUGUGGACUGUCAGGUCAGUGUCUUGUUAUUGCAUCAAGUUCGUGAGGGUCUCCAGAAACGAACCUAACAUGUGGCGCUGCGAGCAGGGUUCCAACAUGUACAGCAGUCUCACGAGGAGGGCUGAAUAAGUGAUCGUUUGAGCGUCAGGGGAGUGAGACAGACGGGCCCGCAAGGUGAAGUGCGCCUUUGGACCACCUCCGCAGACACCGGACCAAGACCUCAAGGUUCAGGAUCGGUCUUCGCGGCCGCAGAUUGGAGAUUUUGUACUUGUCCGGGACUGGGAUUGUCCCAAGCUCGGACCAAGGUGGAAGGGACCAUUUCAAGUGCUUCUUCAGACUCCAACAGCUCUUAAAGUUAAAGGACAGAAUCGCUGGAUCCACCUGAGUGACUGUAAAUGAUGGAUUUCCUCAUCAGCUUGCAAUUUAACCAUUGGACUGAGUAUUAUUCUGCCUGUGCAUGGCCAGCAGGACAAUCUGUUUUAUAGGACACACGUCUAGCUGCAUGGGAAUCAGACAGCAUGUUACCUGCUAGCACGGUCUGUAGAAGCGUUUUGUGGCAACACCAGCCUGGAACCCUAGUCAGCUUUAUGAAGUAGCAUAUUCCAGUAAGCCUUGCCAAGGGGAGAGGGGAACUUGGACAAGAGUUGUGCAGGGUCAGUGUCUUGUUAUUGCAUCAAGUCCGUGAGGGUCUCCGAAAAUGAACCUAACAUGAUCAUUCUUCAGUUGACAUUUAUUAGCCACAAUAUGGAGGUGCCAGUGUUGGACUGGGGAGGACAAGGUCGGAAGUCACAUGAUACCAGGAUUGGAUCAGAAUGAUUGAAGUCACCAUUACAGACUAAAUCUACAAUGGCGGCUUAUUUACCCACACUUCCAUACAGUUGAGAAAACUUUCAAUCCUGACAGGGUCAGGCCAAUGCGCAGGCGCAACGCCGAACGUGUGCAGCGCAUGCACGGACUCAGCAGUAGCGAGGUGCUUCUUUUUCGGAUCGGCAAACGGUGAGAAUGAAGGCAGAGGUAGAGGGCGUGAGGGAUGCGGUUGGCGAAUGGGAACGUUCCGUAAAUUGUCGAAGGAGAAAACCCUAAUAAUAAUUGACCGAUGCUCCGUUUGCGCAGAGUGAGGGUACAGCUGAAGGCUUCAUUCUUCACCUGGGUACCGGGCCCCACCACCAUUUUUUUCACGUAGGCGCAUGCUCACCCAGCAGCUCCAGUGCAGUGGGCAAAGCUUUUGGGAUUAUUUUAAUAGAGUGCGAACAAUUUCCCCGUCAAACUACGUCCUGCCCCAUGUUCCCAGAGACAUGUGGCUCAUCCGCCUGAAAACCCUCAGCAGCAACGCAUGACCCUGAGUAGUCAACAUUCUUGAAUUGUGGGUCAGUCACUGAGGUAGCAAGGGGUAGAUGAGCAAAGGUUUGUUCGAGAGAGGUCAAUUUUAAGGAGUCUGGUAGAAGAAAUGGAGAAUUUUGUGGAGAAAAUGCCACUCCUAAUUGAAGGCAUGAUUAACAAAGGUGGAGCGCUGAAGAGCGGGAAUAAUGAGGCUCGGAAUUUGGGGAGCACGGAAUGUGGGAGUAUUGAGAAGCUGGACAAUAUUGCAGAUAUUGCAAAAGAAAUAAGAAGGGAGAGGCUUUCCUGAACUGAAACUUGAAUUGGACAUCACACCAAGAUCAGACACAGUCACUCGGUUCAUCAGGAUAGUCUUUGAAUGUGUUCAUCUGAUUUGUUAGUGGAAAACAAUUUCAAACAUCUGUGUGGCUGGAAGAACACUUGCAAGUGAGAGUUUUCCAGUGCACUGACUGUGGAAAGUGUUUUAGCCAGUUACACAGUGAGGAGAAAGCAACAGUGGGGAGAAAUUGUACAUGUGUUUUGAGAGUGGAUUCGACGUCAACUGAUUUGUGCAACCUGGAGAACCAAAAGGAUGCCUGCACCACGGAGAAACCAUGGAAAUGUGGAGACUGUGGGAAGAGAUUUAAUUAUCCUUCCAGGCUAGAAAUUCAUCGACAAAGUCACACUGGAGAGAAACCAUGGAAAUGUGGAGACUGUGGGAAGGGAUUCAAUUAUCCAUCCCAGCUGGAAAUCCAUCGACGCAGUCACACUGGUGAAAAGCCAUGGCAAUGUGGAGUCUGUGGGAAGGGAUUCAGUUACCCAUCCCAGCUGGAAACACAUCAGCGCAGUCACACUGGAGAGGGGCCCAUGACCUGCUUUGACUGUGAGGAAGGAUUUGUUGGUGCAUCCAACUUGCUGACAGCUAAGCAAUUUCACGCUGAGGUGAAGCCGUUCAGCUGCACUGACUGUGGAAAGAGAUUCAGGCAGUCAGCCAGCCUCACUGUCCACCAGCGAGUUCACACGGGGGAAAGACCAUUCGGCUGUACUUUCUGUGGGAAGACGUUCAGGCAGUCAGGUGACCUCAUUGAACACCAACGAAUUCACACUGGGGAGAGGCCAUUCACCUGCUCUGUAUGUGGGAAAGGAUUCACUCAGUCAUCCAACUUGCUGACACAUCAGCGAGUUCACACUGAGGAGAGGCCAUUCAUUUGCCCUUACUGUGGACAGAGGUUCAGACACUCGGGCACCCUCACUGUACACCAGCGAGUUCACACUGGGGAGAGGCCAUUUAUCUGCUCUGUAUGUGCGAAGGGUUUCAGUCACUCGUCCCAUUUGCUGACUCACCAACGGGUUCAUACUGGAGAGAAACCAUUCACCUGCUCCGUGUGUGAGAAGGGAUUCACUGAUUCGUCCACCCUACUGAAACAUCAGCGAGUUCACACCGAGGAAAGACCAUUCAGCUGUACCUACUGUGGAAAGAGGUUCAGGCAGUCAUCUGAUCUCAUUGUGCACCAGCGUGUUCACACAGGAGAGAAACCAUUCACCUGCUCCGUGUGUGGGAAGGGAUUUACUGAUUCAUCCAACCUGCUGAAACAUCAACGGGUUCACACUGGGGAGAGACCAUUCACCUGCUCUGAGUGUGGGAAGGGAUUCAUUGAUUCAUCCCAACUGCUUAGACACCAGCGAGUUCAUGAGUGACCGAGGGGAUAUGUUUCUGCUGUUAACAGUCUUCCUUCAACAUCUGGAGAAAUUUCUAACUGAAGCUGGGAAUGUACAUAGAUAUUGUCAUAGAAUCAUAGAAUUUUACAAUACAAAAGGAGACCAUUUGACCCAUUGUGUUUGUACUGACUCCUGAAAGAGCUACCCAGCUAGUCCCAUGCUUGAGCCCAAUCUCUGUGUAGCCCUCUAAAUUCAUCUCUUUCAAAUAUAUAUCCAGUUUGUUUUUGUAAUCUCCUAUGGAAUCCGCCUCCUCCACUCUCCCAGGCAACGCAUUCUAAAUCCUAAAAGUUCUGAGUAAAGAAGUUUCUCCUCAUCUUGCUCCUAGCGGUCUUGCUGACAGUCUUGAAAUUGUUACCCCUAGUUACGUACAUUUCAACUAGUAGAAAUAGAAUAUCUUUCUUUACCCUGUCAAAAUUGUUUAUAGUUUUGAAAAUCUCAGUAAGGUCACUUCAUAAUCUUUUCUGUUCCAUGGACAAUAUGCCCAAUUUUUAUAAUCUUUCAAUGUAUCUAAAAUCCCCAUUCUUGGUGUAAUUCUAGUAAAUAUUCUUUGAACUCUCUCCAAGGAUUCUCUGGGGAGCACUACUUUCAAAUCCUCUCCAAAUUGAGAAAUGCUCAUCAAUACCUACCCUCUGAUUCUUAUCUUUUGACCAACUUCUAAUCCACACUGCCAAGAACCCAUCAACCCCAAACAUAUCUAAUUUGCUAACCAACGUAACUUGUGGUGCCAUAUCAAAUGCUUUCUGAAAGUCCAAAUUUACAAUAUCCACAGCCUCUGUCACAUUGUCAAAAAAUCAGUUAAAAUUUUAAGACAUGACUUCCCAUUGACAAAGCCGUGUUGGCUGUCUGGUGUUAACUUAUUUUUCUCUAAGUGCAUAUUUAACUUAUCCUAUAUUAUAGCCUCCAUCAGUUUUCCUACUACUGAUGUCAAGCUGAUAAGUCUGUAGUUUACUGGGUUAUCCUUUCUUAAACAGCGGUGACAUAUUUACAAUCCUUCAGUCCUGGGGACUUAUCCUGUGUUCAGAGGAACCUAGGAAAUUUCUGUCAACGGCUCUGCAAUUUGCUGUCUUACCUCUCUCAGCAAUGUAGGAUGCAUCCCAUCUGGACCUGGUGUCUUCUGUACCUGAAGUGCUGCCAAUCGUUUUAGUACCACUUUGUUAUCUAUCACCAUAUUGCUCAAUACCCACAUUUUCAACUAGGCAUUGUCACCAUCUUCUAAUUUGAUAAAGACAAACAAAAUAUUCAUUUAGUAUCUCUGCCACAUCCUUUGCUUCAGUGAGCAGCUUACCCUGCUUGUCCUAAUGGGUUCCACUCUUUCCUUCACUAAUCUUUGACUAUUAGUAUGUUUGAAGGACAUUUUGCUAUUUGUUUUAGCACAGCCUGCCAUCCUUUCCUCAUGCUUUCUCUUAGCCUUCCUUAUUUCAACCUUAUUCUCUGUCCUGCAUCUGAAAUGCUGUUCCUGAUUUCUACUGCUUUUAUUGGUCUGCUGUGUAUUAUAUGUCUCCUUUUUCUUUGCUUAUUUUCUCAAGAAUAUCCUUAGUCAUUCUUGGUAAUGUAGCUUUGGAUACCCCAUAUUUAUUUCUCAUGGGCACAUAUCUGGCUUGCACCCUAUUCACUUCUCUUUUAAAAUACUAUUUUUCAUUCACUGUUUUAUCCACCAAAAUACAUUUUCCAUCAGUGUUCCAGUUCAACUUUAAUGACCCCUAAAAUCUAUUCUUUUCCAGUCAGGAAUCUCAGUCAUUGACUGAUUUUCAUCUUUUUCCAUCUUAGUGUCAAAUCUUUAUUGUUAUCAUCACUAUUUUCCAAAUGCAUACCCUUAGAAUCCCUUGGAGAUAGCAAGAACUGCAUAUGCUGGAGUCAGAGACAACACAGCGUGGAGCUCGAAGAACACUGCGUUAGAGGAGCAGGAAAGUUGACGUUUCAGGUCAGGACCCUUCUUCAUAAAUGGGGAGGGGAAAGGGAGCUGGGAAAUAAAUUAGAGAGAGGAGGAGUGGGUCUAGAGAAGGUAGGUGAGAUGGUAAUAGGUGAAUACAGGUGGGGAUUGGUCAGUGGGAUGGGUGGGACGGAUAGUUGGGAAGAUGGACAGGAUGUGUCAGGUGAAGGAGGCAGGGAUGAGAGGGAGGGUUGGACAUAGGAUAAGGCCUGGGGCGGGGAGAUUUUAAAACUGGUGAAUUCUAUGUUUAGGCCAUCAGGCUGUAAGCUCCUGAGGUGGAAUGUGAGGUGUUGGUCCUCCAAAUUGCAUCAGGUGUCAUUGUGGCACUGGAGGAGGCCCAGGAUGGACAUGUCACCCAGGGAGUGGAAGGGGGAGUUAAAAAUGUUGGCUACUGGAAGGUAUUGUCAUUUGUUGUGACCGAAUGCAGUUGAUCUACAAAAUGGUCUCCAAGUCUACGUUUGGUCUCACCGACGUAGAGAAAGCCACAUUGGGAGUAAUGGAUGCAGUAGACCAAAUUGGCAGAUAUACAGAUGAACCCCUGUCUGAUAUGAAAAGUUUGCUUUGGGCCUUGGAUGGAGGUGUAGGGGCAGGUGUAGCACUUCCUGCGGUUGCAGGAAGUGCUAUCGGUUAUGGAGCGGACAAGAAAGUUGCAGAACGAGUGGUCCCUACAAAAGGCAGAUGGGGUGGGGAGGAAAAUACCUCUUUGGUUGUGGGGUUGGAUUGUAGGUGGACUGUUGGAGGAAACUGGAGCACCCAAAAGAAACCUGUGCAGACACAGAAUGAGCAAAUUCCACACAGUCGACCGAGGAUGGAAUUGAACUCAGGUCCCUGGUACUGUGAUACAGCAGUGCUGACCACUUAGCUGCCAUGUCACCCACUCUGACAUUCUCCGCUUGGUCUGUCUCAUUUCCUGGGAUCAAGUCCAGAAUAGCUCAUGUGGUAGGACUUGAAUUAUAAUGUUCCAUAAAGUUCUCCUGGACACAUUGCAGGAAUUUGCCCCUUCAGCUCCACACUCUGCCCUUUUCCUUGUCCACCCUACAGUAGUUGAAAUCACCAACUGUCACAACCCUACUUGUCCUGCAAAUUUCCUUAAUGUGCCACAAACACUGUCUUCUGUUCCUUCCCCGCUAUUUAAUAAAUACCCAGCAAGAUUACCUCUCCUUUCCACUUUCUCACUGCUAACCAUAUAGAUUCUAAUUCAGGAACUGCAUCUCUUGUUCAAGGGCAAUGAUACUAUCUUUGACCAACACUACUACACCUCCGCCCUUUUUAUCCACUCUGUUUCUCCUUAAACCUUUAUAACCUGGGAUGUGAAGUAUCCAGUCCUUUUCUAGCUUGAUGUGGAGGUGCCAAUGUCGGAAUGAGGGUGGACAAAGUCAGAAGUCAUACAACAGCAGGUAAUAGUCCAACACGUUUAUCUGAAAACACAAGCUUUCAGAGUGUAGCCCCCUUUGUUUGUUCACUAUGUGCAUUUACAUACCUACAAUUUAACCCUGCCCUAUCACUUCACCAUUGGAAGGUGACCAUUUCUCUGUCUAUUGAAAAUAUUUAAGCCUUUCCUCACUUCUUUUUCCAUCUCUUACCACCUCUGAUACUUCCAAAACUAGGCCCAUUAGUCAAUCCACCAUCCCUGCCUGACAAGUUUACAUCCAUUCUCACUGCACUAUUUACUCUUUCAGCCACGAGAUUAAUUCCUUUUCAGCUCAGAUGAAGCCUAACCCUUCUGAACAGCUUUCUCUUUUCCCAAAAGUGAUCUCAAUAUCUGAAAGUUCAAAAUCUGCACUCCCCCAGCUUUAACAUUAUGCCUCAAGCCAUGUAUUUACAUUCCUAAUUCGCUUUUGUCCAAAUUUUCAACGCUUGUCACAUUACAGGAGAUGAUUGAUGGAGUCUGAAAGAGAAAACAUGUAUGAAGUCAGAAAUAACCUGUGGAUUGUUGAAGCAUGUAACGUGAGUUAAAGUAUGUUCCAAAGAGGGUCAGAAAGGCAACAGAAUCAUCUGAAAAGCAUCAGCAAGCAGCGGGCAGGUGAAUGGAAAGCUGGAUAAUCUUUACAUUUCAUGUAUGAACUUUUGUUUGAGCCAUCUAUAUUUCUGAUGUCAAAAAUUUUGCAGUCAUGAGAGAAGAUCUUCAGAUGAGAACGUGAAUUACGUCAACAGUUAUCAUAUUUUACCAGAACAGUUUUGGCAUGUAUUCAUGAGGUAAUUCGAGGGUUUGUGCUGCUGAUUAUGAUAAUUUUGUGAACUGUUUCUUUAUAAUAAUAACUAAGUCAUUCAGUCCUUCAGGUGACCGAAUCUGGUGAGAGCAGGAAGACCCUGGAGUCUAAAUGUAACAUUAUUUGUACUGAAUUGAGUUUAAUUAGCUUUAUUGUAGUGUGCACUUGAAUGACAGCAGUGAAAAGUUUGCAAUGUCACCAUGUACGGCACUGUCUUAUGUAAAAGACACCUAGGUACAGAUACUUAAAUACUUGUUACAGAAUUGAGAGAAUUUUUUAAAAGUCCAGCAUAAGAAUAAAAAGUUUUUAAAAGUACUGGAAUUACAAUCUUUUCAUCUUGGCACGUAGCCUCCAGACCACAGUAGACUUCAAAACUUGAUGCCUCCAGUCUGUAAGGGUCUUGCCUCCCCAUGGCCUCUGGUGUGAGAUUCACCUCCCCAUGCCGGCCUCUGGUCCAGGCCUUGCUUCCUACGUUCUUGUCCAGGUAAGUUUAGGAAUUUUAAAAAAGUUUGAAAAAUAAAUUCCAGAAAAGACACAAAAAAAGUGAGUGGAGCAGAGGAGCUCUGGUUGGGGUGUUCUAUUCUACCACCUUGCCAGGAAAAUAUUGUUUAUGACUGGUUGAAUGUGAAAGGCCAUUAGUUUGUCUUUGGUUAAGAAUAAUUGAGGAUUGUUAUUUUUCCCUCAUAAACACAGAGAUUGAAAAUUUUUAGAGCAGCUCAGAGGAGAGCUCACUGAGGUCAGAAGCAAGUUUUGCCUGUCUAGUAAGGGGUUUUUCAGAGAAAUUCAGGAGGAGUUACCUCAGUAGAAAACUUAAGUAUGUCCAGAUUCCAAAUAGAAAUGUU